AGCUGUGUACAGGCAGAGCCUCCUGUUAACGCUUCCACUAGAGACGAAUUUUGUAUCCUCUACAACUACACUAAAGGAGAACUUUGCAAGGGAAUUAUCACUAGUCUCUACGUCUUUGGCAACCAAAGAACAGUGGAUUAUGGCGACUUUCAAACAUUGAACUUCCAAGGCUACUUCUUCAACUUCCUUGAAAUAUCAAAGGAGUGCAGGAUAAUCAUGAGAGAUUUGUUUUGCCGAUAUCAUUUCCCGCCAUGUGAUACGUCUUUACGGAUACCUCGACCUCGGCGGAUUUGUCGCAGGUCGUGCGAAUAUCUUGACCAUGUUCUGUGCUUGAAGGAGAUGAUUUCAGUCAGGAUCGCGGCAAAGACAGCUCCAGGAUUUGACCACAAAAUGAUCAAUUGCUCAUUUUUUGAUGUUGCUAACGGAGGUGACGCUCCUGAGUGCUAUCAAUACCAGCCCCUGUCAGGUUUGUACUUGUGAAUUUGGAAAACAAGAUAUCAAACCAAAUAGCAAAUCCACUAAAACUUGAUUUCGUCCUUGAAGUUGUAUUUGAGCUAAUCGCUCAUUUACAAAGAUAAUUCAAGAGUAUAAAAAAAUUGCCGCCAAUGCUCAUUUUUCGAAGAGUUUUGUUGUGAGGAAUCAUAUUUGUCUAGUGAGCAGUACAUUCAAUUGUAUCUUGACUGAUAAACAGAAAGCCGGCUCGACCGCUCGAGUUGGUCCCUGUCGUCGUUCAGUCUUUUUGUUUGACUCUCUAUAUGAGCAGACAUAUCACUCUGAGCAGUAACGUUCCCCAACGUCUCCGUCUAGUUGUGACGGUAACAGCCAAUUAACUUAACCUUUCAAACCCCAAUAUCCAAAUACAAAUUCUAGAUCAUUGAUCUCCAUACAUUUCCUUGACUCUAUUCAGACGGGGGAAGAGGGGAGGGGAAAAAAAAGCUAUAAAUUCAUAAGUAAUUAAGCUAGGACUACCAAACCUAGUGACUUUUCCUAAAAUUAGAAGAGAUUUCUGGGAACAUCUUUAAGUUGUCACAUCGUGUACGUCAACAGUCACGUUACCAUGGCAACUUUGUUUCGGCAGCCAUGUUUUUUUUAAAAUUUGCUUUUAAUGCUUUCUAAGCAUCCCUUUAUACAUAGAUCAUUUUUAUCAAUUUAAAAUGGCGGACGGUUCCAGAUCCUUCUGUAACCGGAAACGACGUCAUCGUGACAUUACUGCUAUCGUUAUUUAAUAUGUUAACCAGCUUCUUGAUUUUGUCAGACGCCUUACUAUUUAAGUAUUAAUUUCGCUUUAAUGGCGGAAUUUGAUAUUCUGCCCAUUAAUUUAACAAAAUGCCGCCAAGAUGACAUCAACGCCAUUGUGUCUAUCACGUUAUCCCUAGAUGUUGGAAAUGAUCAGUAUAUUAUUCUGUGUAAUUUUGGUGGUGGUUUUGAAGUUAUGAUGGGGGACCUCCGGAGUUUCCGCUUCCUGUCGCAGAAAGCAGACCCUCGAAAUAAAGACGUAGUCGAGGGAAAUCAAAGCAUUUUCAUCUUUUUAAUAUUAUUCAGUGAAAAUGUUUGUUGGUCACACUUGCGACUAGGGGCGGGGGGGAAGGGGGCACCUAUCUAUGGAAACAUUUAUAAGGCAAAAUUUUGCUUGAGCUAGAUCUUUUAAAGAUGGUAGAUCUGACAGUUUAGUAUAACGGAGCAGAAAGAUUACUAUGCACGGACCAGAGGACUGGGCCGGCUAGGAGGAAUUGUUAGUGGUAGCUUUUUGAUACUUGUUUAUUUGUACGUUGUAAUUUUGAACCAGUCUAGGUCAGCAUUCAUUAGAGCUCCGUACUUUUAUUAUAUUUGCCUAUUUUGUUAUAUUUGUUUACGGGCAUUUGUUGGCUGCUAGUUUUUGCGUACCACUGCCCCGAGUUGUGGGCACCCCAUCCCACCACACCCCACCCGGCGAGAAAUUCAAAAAUAAAAGCUUAAUUUUAACUCUUUAACCAAAUGAGCUUUUUAAAAUUUUUUUUUUCACAUUUUAUUUUAUUGAGUCGUGCUCUUUUUUGUUUAUUUAUUUUUAUUUCUUUUGCCAUAUCUUGAAAUUUUAAUUUUGCUGUCAAUCUUGUAACGUCAUUGUCCUGCCAAAAAAAAGUUAAAAUUGAAAAACAAAAACUUUGGAAUACAAAGUUUUACCAUCCUGCAAAGUUUGAGCUCAAACGAAUAAAAAGUGUAAAAGUAGUUCCUAGGAUGCACUUUUAGGCGUCCUAAUUUAUGCCCACCGUGCGUGAACGCUUGAAAUUAUGCGCUCAUCCUUUUAUCCAGUUAUGUAUAUCUGGUGCAUACGCUCUAAUUAACUACAUAACAAUUUGCUUAAGUUUUCCCCCACAACCUUGAAUGGUUAACAUAUACCUCUGUCGUCCUAGAAUCACCUAGGAAUUUCUGAAUUUUUUAUUGAUAUAGAGAGAGUCCCCUCUCUCGAAAUAGCAUAUAAUUUUUCUUGGAGCUAGAACCAAGCAUCAAAAUUAACUCACUUUUUUCUCUUUUACACAGACGAUGAUACUAAGAGCACAGGUGAAUUUCCAGCUUUUGACCUACUCUAUCCCAGUACUCACGUCAUUUAACUGUCUAAUAAAUUAUACCCAAUCCUUUUAUUUCAGGGGGACUUAUAUUUCCUAGGAUAGUUCCACCAUCUAAAGAAAAAAGCACCCAAUUUACAACAUUGUCCAGUUUUAAUGUUGAAAAUUGUAUAUCCUAGAAUAAUUUGUAGCGGCUGUAAAGACAACAACAAAUGAAAGUAGUUUUCUACACAAUUAGUAACAUCCAAAAAUAACAAAAAGUGUACAUAACAACAACGUACUAUUUAUAUCGAUUUUUUCAACUUGGUUGUAAUGUACCAAGUAUACCCAGGAGCCCAGGCGAGGAUCCACACCGGUUUCCACCUUUUUACGCAAAUUGGUCAGAGUUUUCAUAGGCAACAUAUUUUAAUAUAUAAAUAUAUAUGUAAAUUGCACUCGGAAGAAUGGCUUCUGCCUUCAUCAGGGGUUUCUUCUUCGGGUAUAAUUACAAAUGAUUAGACGUAAUAAAGAGAGUGAUUUAGUAGUAACGUGUCAAUUUAGUUCUAGACGUUACGUUUUUGCGGACUAGAGCAGAAGGCCCUUUAAUAACUUAUGUUUUUAAACAUUAUUAACAUUAACAUUUGGCGCUUGUUUAGGAAAUAGGUCAGGUUUUUAACCUACAUCCACCCCUGGGAGAGACGGUUUAUAAUCUACUUUAUAUGGAUGAAGGUUAGAAUUGGAUGAGACACAGCGUCCCCCCAUGCAUCAUCUCUAUAAACCUGGACUUGCACCGCCCCCCCCACACCUCCACCCGCUACCACAGCCAGCCGCCACAAUGUAACUUCGCGCUGCCGCCGGCUCGAACUCCCCGCCAUGCGGGGCUGUGGACGACGGCGGACGCUGGCUCGGAUCAGACGCAGUUAAAAGGGCCGGUUUUUAAACCCAAUCCCCCCCCGGGAAGGACGGUUUUUAAAUUCCUUUUUAUGGUAGAAGGUUAAAAUUGGAAGAGACACAGCGGCCCCCCCUGCAUCAUCUCUAUAAACCCGGACUUGCCCCCCCCCCCCCCACCCCGAUACUUCCGAAACAAAGAUGGCCAUCUGUUAUAGUAGGCAUAGGGUCAUUGCGAUCGUACUGAAAACUGGAGACUGUCAGCAGGUGUGAAAAGGUUAAGAAACAAUUUUAAAAAAAGACCAGCGAUGUCUUGAUGAAAGCAAUAGCUGGCUAUCCACAGAUUGCUACUACGACAUUGGUGUUGGAUAUAGCGGUACCGUGAACAUCACCCGUUCUGGCCGUACUUGUCAGCGUUGGGCCUCACAAUGUCCCCACCGUCACUGGCGGAUUCCUCAAGAUGGAGGGCAGAAUGACUCCAACAUGUGUCGCAACCCGGAGGGAAGUGCCCCGGAUGGACCUUGGUGUUAUACCACUGACCCCAAAGUUCGAUGGGAAUACUGCAAUAUAUCAAGAUGUCCUCCAAGAGGUAAACUCAGUAUAUCUAUUUAUCUGGAACUCGUUUAAACCAGUUUAAUGUUUGAAAUGGCCAACAUAUUAGCCUGGGAAAAUCGGCAUUCCGCAACGUCUGUGACCACUGUUUUUUUUUUCCCUCGAAAUGACGCCGAAGAAAUGCCUGAAGAAAUCCCAUAGUGAUGACGUGUGACUACCUAGAUCUGGAUAAUGAUUUUGAUAAGUUGACGCAUAUUUCCCUCGCGGCACUGCCAAUCAGAAACACCACCCAUAUCUGGGUAGUGAAGCGUCAUCAGUUUGGAAUUUCUUCGCUCGUUCCUUAAAAGUCACUUCGAGGGGAAACCAGUGACCAUGACGACCAUUUCCUAUGAAACUACUUAGUAUACACUCUAGAGUAGACAAUUUGACUAAAACAACGUUUAGUGUGGUUUUAAUUAAUAUAUAGCCACAACAACAUAAAAGUUUGUAGAAUAAUUUUAAAUCUGGCUAUUCAAUUUGCUGACGAAAUUAUUGACACGUCUGCUUCUGCUGCUUAACUAGUUCCACAGGAGAUUCCUAGAUUCGUGAGAGGCUACCCUCUCAAUUCGUCUGCAGUUCGUAUCUAUUGGGAAAAAAUCCCCCCAACGUCGUACAAGGAAAAACUGCAAGGUUACAGGAUAAGAUACAAACGCCUUGGGUCCCAGACAUUUAAGGAAUUAAGCGUCACAAGGAACGUCACAGAUGCUGUCAUUGAUGGACUUCUCCCAAAUACAGAAUACCAGAUCGAAGUAAAUGGAUUUAACAAAGUCGGUCAUGGAUCAGCCGGCAAGAUGUCUAAACUAAAAACUUUGUCACCUGGUGAGUGAGGAAGUAAAGAGAUUGCUCUUAACGACACCUGUAACUAUCGCUAGUCUUAGGCCACCUUUACUCUAUCGAAUACUAAGCAAGUGAGUUGCCAUUAUGAUGUUAAAAGGACACUAUGCUACAAAUAAACUUGGUAAAGUAUCGUAGGUACUAAGAAAGUUAAAAUGAGGUAAUAAUAAACGUAGAUUAUCAAAUAUAUAUAUAUAAAAAAAAUGUUCCAAGUCGGUUUAACAGCCAGCGCAUGCUAGAUUUUAACCAACCUGUCGCCGGGAUGCCUUUGAUGACGCCCAAUGCUCCUGGCAGAGAGAUAGUGAUUACAUUACUAUUUUAAUUAUUUGUAAGGACGUGAUCGAUUGACCAUAUUCCGGAAAAGACUAAAUGAAAUAAAUUCUAGAAAUUGCUUAAUUUGGCAAUCACGAAUUUCCUUGAAAUAAAAUAUCCCGAUGUAAGUAGCGUUUUAAUGGUCAAAAAAUCAUGGUUAAAGAGAUUUGUUACCAAAUUUUUUCGUUUUCUUAUUCCGGAUACCGACCGAUCGAAUGCACCCAAGAGCGGUAUGAAAAUGCCCAUCGUAUCAAAAACAUGUCGAUGCGCGAGGGGGUCUCAUUUCGCAUUUCUGACUAAGACACAUUAAUUUGGAACGUAAUGAGACCAUGCCUCAGUUCAUAACCUUGAAAUAACAGCUUCAUAAUCCAAAAGUCAUAAUGUAACUACCAGUAUUCAUAGAAUAGUUUUCAAAACUCAGUGUCAAUUUAUUUCUUUCCAGGUUUUGUCAGUACUUAUGUCACCUUACAGCUGGUGAUGCAAGGUGAAUUUGACAAUGUUCACCUAAACCGUAGCAGCGCCAAGCUUAUAGAAAAGAAACGAUGGAUUAAAACAAUGGUAAUGGAGUAAUUUAAGGUUUAUAACGACAAUUUCUACUCGUGAUUCCAAGCUUUACUCAUUAAACACAAUUAAGGUCUUAAUUAGCUGUGUUCUUUGGGCUAUCUCAAGUGCACUAAGGCUUGGCGUUUUUCAAUAUAGAGGACCCCCAGCAGAAAUUUUAGGACAUCACACUAGCAGCCAGUAAGAUUAAGUUUUGCGUCAGUCGUAAAACGUAGAAGAGUUAACAUCUGACGUGUUUGAUCGAACAAAAGUUUUAUAUACCGGCACGUGAUUUUUCGCUCAUGAUGACGUCACAAAACAUGUUUCUUCUUGUAGGGUACAUCUGCACAUUAAAAAUUCAAAACUUUUUGAGGUCAAAAUAGUAUAAAGAUCGUUGCUAAAAUGAUUAUCAUUUUAAGGCAGCAUUCAUUGAAUGCUUUAUCAGUUAUCAUAUUUGUUAAGUCACGUGACCUUUUUACUUAAAUGACGGUUAUCGAUAACACAUGGACUGACUAAAAGGCAGCAUACUAAAGUCUUUCAUAGAAGCCACUGAAAAACGAUAAGAUAAGGUCAAUUUAGUUUGACUAAGCAUUCCCCAUUUUAGGUGAAAUAUUUUGACCGUUACAAGCCGAGGGUAAGUCACUUGACUAAGACUGACGAUUAAAAAUCCCAUCAAAUGGAAUCUGGCGUAGAUAGAAAACUGCUCGCCAAGUUUCACAAAGAUGAGAUAAUUUUUUCUACUUGAAAUUAAAACCCACUAAAUUCGUGGUUGAGUCUUAAUACACAUCAGUAUGUAGAAUGGAGCCGUNAAGUCAUAAUGUAACUACCAGUAUUCAUAGAAUAGUUUUCAAAACUCAGUGUCAAUUUAUUUCUUUCCAGGUUUUGUCAGUACUUAUGUCACCUUACAGCUGGUGAUGCAAGGUGAAUUUGACAAUGUUCACCUAAACCGUAGCAGCGCCAAGCUUAUAGAAAAGAAACGAUGGAUUAAAACAAUGGUAAUGGAGUAAUUUAAGGUUUAUAACGACAAUUUCUACUCGUGAUUCCAAGCUUUACUCAUUAAACACAAUUAAGGUCUUAAUUAGCUGUGUUCUUUGGGCUAUCUCAAGUGCACUAAGGCUUGGCGUUUUUCAAUAUAGAGGACCCCCAGCAGAAAUUUUAGGACAUCACACUAGCAGCCAGUAAGAUUAAGUUUUGCGUCAGUCGUAAAACGUAGAAGAGUUAACAUCUGACGUGCUUGAUCGAACAAAAGUUUUAUAUACCGGCACGUGAUUUUUCGCUCAUGAUGACGUCACAAAACAUGUUUCUUCUUGUAGGGUACAUCUGCACAUUAAAAAUUCAAAACUUUUUGAGGUCAAAAUAGUAUAAAGAUCGUUGCUAAAAUGAUUAUCAUUUUAAGGCAGCAUUCAUUGAAUGCUUUAUCAGUUAUCAUAUUUGUUAAGUCACGUGACCUUUUUACUUAAAUGACGGUUAUCGAUAACACAUGGACUGACUAAAAGGCAGCAUACUAAAGUCUUUCAUAGAAGCCACUGAAAAACGAUAAGAUAAGGUCAAUUUAGUUUGACUAAGCAUUCCCCAUUUUUGGUGAAAUAUUUUGACCGUUACAAGCCGAGGGUAAGUCACUUGACUAAGACUGACGAUUAAAAAUCCCAUCAAAUGGAAUCUGGCGUAGAUAGAAAACUGCUCGCCAAGUUUCACAAAGAUGAGAUAAUUUUUUCUACUUGAAAUUAAAACCCACUAAAUUCGUGGUUGAGUCUUAAUACACAUCAGUAUGUAGAAUGGAGCCGUGACAAAUGUUCUGUAUUUUCUAGAGGGU